GCACUUGUCAAAUAUCUAAACGAUCAAGGGGCUUUCAUAUUACUUGCCUCCUCUGCCUUUGUAGAAGAAAAAAAUGCUGGCCUAGACAGACCGCCACAUCUUCAGGCCUUGUUUCUGAUUUCUUCACCAGAGUCAAGGAGUACAACAGCAAGCGACUGGAAAUGUGAACACAAGGACAAUGAGAGAUUGUCGCAAGUCGCUUUGGUUCUGCCUGCCCUGCGCCAUGCCUUGCUGGAAGGUGCCCAGCCUCCAGGCAAUGAAGGGUCUCCUCCUGGCACUUUGGUUAAGUGGCGGAUCCGAGAAUUUGCAAAGCAGCGUAAGAAGUCGAUUGCCGUUUCCUACACUCCCGACAGCCCGCCUGUCUCUUUUGAUAUGUUCCUAAAGAAGUCUGAGCUUGAAGCUGUCUCUGAAAAAUAUCCUCCAAACUCCUUUGCCUACUUGCAGCAUUACCUGUUGCACCCACAAAACUAUACGUUGGAAACGUCAGCGGCUGUAGCUUGCAUGGAUGUCAGUUCAGAGUCUCCCAAUAAUACCCAGGAUCCAGACAGUUCUUCCGGCUCAAAUCUGGACCUAACAUCUCCCGAGACACAGUCAACUCCUCAGAGCGAUGCUGCUGCUGCAAAUACGGAUCAGGCGGGCGAAAGCCCUUUGCAGCCCUGGAAGAGGAAAUCCAGUAGGCUCCUUGGGGCAAGCACACGGAAGAUAUGGUCCCCACUGAAGGCUUUGUGCCUCAUAGGGCACAGCAAAAAGCGGAAGAGACCCAAGAAGAGCCCCUCCCCUCUGGCUUAUAAAACACCAGAAUGCCCAGUAAACUCUCAGAAACUCACACUUAAAUUAAAAAUCCUCCAGAACCCACUAAGGAGGAAGAGGGGUGCCGAGGUUUUGUCUGCAGAAUUUGUGCAAGAAACGUCAUCUGAGUCACCCGUCAAUACCAUAUCCUCUCCAGAGAGUCUUCCAGGGAUGGAGAAAAAGGCCCGGCUCUUGAGGCCCAAAAAAGAUGAAUGGAUGGAGACCAGGAGGCCUGUCACAAGGAGAAGUGCCCAGCGGCAUUUAGAUGAGACCACUUUGGAAGCCCAGAAGGAGGAGGGCAACAAGAACGACCCUGAGAAGGCAGCAGCUGCGGAUGCCUCAGGGAACAAAAAGGGCUGUGACUCCCAUGCUUUGAAUCUGUUGGCUGAUCUUGCUCUGAGUUCCUGUAAUUCUCCACUGAUCAGUAACAGCAGCCAGUCCUCUUUGGCUGACAGCCCCUUGCAUGAAUGCCACAAUCCGCAAAGAGGGGAAGCGUUGACUGACUCAUUGGAUGAAGAAUCACUAGAAGGUGGUUCCCUUUCUGGCAGAGCUUGUCAGCACUUGCUUUCAUCUGGGGAAGUUGGGCUGACCCCGGAAUUGCCUUCUAGCUCUCAGGAGGAAAGCUAUGCCAGAAAAAAGGCGAAUGCAAAAUCUGGUUCGCCAAAGUCCCGCACAUUGGGAGAUACUUCAGACUCAAGCAUCCAGUCUUUGAUUUCCAGCGAACACUCGUACGCCUCUCUGUCGUCUUCAAAGAGAAGAGUACUAAGUUAUCCAAGUUCAAAGAAUGGUGUAAAGUAUAUGAAAUACGAGCCUCUUCCUGGGAAAGUGUUACCUUUCCGGCAUCAGCAGAACAUUUGCCAUCAGCACAAGAAAAUGAUGGACCGUGUGCACUUUUCCCGCUCUGCGAUCAUGGCUGCAAGGUUAAAGGAAGAUUUUUCCAAGUACCACGAUGUGACUUUUCGUGACAAAAGUGUGAAAGUGACCUUUCAAUGGGAGCCCCAUUACCAUUUUGGUUUAGAUAGCAAAUAUACAAACAAUUCCUUAGAGAAGACCAUCGUUCGAGCUGUGCAUGGGCCCUGGGAUGCCAGCCAGUCCAAUGACAUAGAAGAAAUGAAGCUCAUCCUUCACAUGUGGGUGGCUCUGUUUUACAGCAAGCCCUUCAAAUACCCGACUGUAAGGAAGGUGGUUGAGCACAACAACCCGGCCAAAUACAUAUCGCUGAACAGUGUUAUAGACCCUAUGGAGCUCAUUGACGAUUUGGAGGGUGCUUGCAGCUUGAAGAGAUGUCCUGCUGAUUCUCUUUCCGAGGCCAACCCACGGAGGCCGAGACGAGUUCAAGAGAGAGCGGUUUCUUCCACUGUCAAACCCCUCUCAUGUAAUGAACUGUCUUCGACAAAUCAUAUUGAGGAUGAGUUACCUCCUGCCAAUCCCACGAAACCCCACAGUCUUCCUUCAGAGAAACAAACCAAUGCCAGAACCUCUAAGGAUACAGUUUCUCCCUUGAAUAAGGUGACUGAUGUGGAGCCCGGAGGAGAGUUGCGGCUGAAUCGUAUCACGCCUCUUGAAAGCCCACAUGGGAAUUUAUCGCGCGAAGCCAGCAAUGGUGGCGUUAGGCCUAGAGAAUUGGGAGCAGGCGCAAAAGCAGAACUGGGCAAAGUGGUUGGCUCAGGUGAAGUUUCACAGAGUGAUUUUGCUCCCACAAAUGCCAAACCCCCAGAAAAUUCAGGAGCCAAACAGAAUUCAGAAGCUUCAGCAGAGAGUCAAGAAAUAAGUAAUGCUACUCCUGCAAAAGAGAAGGGGAGUCAGCCGACCGGUGGAACUGGGUUGCUGCAUCCUUCUGAAGAAGCCUGGCAAGAAGAGGAUGGCCCACCAAGGAAGAAAGCAGUAGAGUCACAGAAUCUCCCCGUGGAUGAGGAAGAGGGAGGUGAAGAAAGCAUGGAGUGGGAAUCCAUUGAUUUAGCUCUUUCAGAUAGCAAUGAUACAGAUGAGGAAUCCCGAGAUGUGGAUCUGGAUCAAGAGGGUGAUGAACUUCUUGAGGGAAGUGGUGUGAAAGAAGAGAAAGAAUCAGGCAUUAUGCAUAGCAUGGCAUCUCCUGCUGAUAGCCUUUUCACUUCUGUAACAUCAUCAGUGUCUGAAUUGCUCCAAGCCAAAAAUGAUUUGGCAACUCAAAGGGAAUUGGAAAAGAGGCAGGACCCCCUCAUAUCAGUGAGAAAUCCCUUGUUUCCAAACCCACAUGAUGUUGUUGACAUUUCUUGUGAUUCCAUGGCUGACGCAGUUUCCCCUGGGGCCAGUCCUGCCCUUCAAACAGAUCGCGGUGAUAUCGUAGAAUUGCCAGGGGACCAGGAAGCCUCUACAGAACCAACCAAACAUCACAUAUUUCUAAAUCGAAUGGAUUUGAUUGAGGAUAUUUCCCAAGAUUCAUCCCCGUUACAACCUUCCGAAGAAUGCCAAGUACAGAGUAGUAUGUCAGCUCCAAGGGAAACUACAGGAAAGCAAGGAGAUUCUAUUUUAUUGGUCCAGAAUCCUGCACCUGGUUCCUUUGUUCCCCAGGAAGAGGAGGGAACCCACCUGGCCCAUACAGCUCAAUUGCCAGGUAAUCAUGGCCAUCAGACAUCUGGUGAAGUAAUAGAAUUAGUCAGGAACCAAGGAGACCUUUCCACCUCAGCCAGAAUUUCAGUGCUUCCAGAGCCAAUGAGUUUGGCUAAAGACUCCUGCAUUUCUCAGGAGAAGGAAGCACACCGUCUGGCUGAAAUGAAUCCCGUUAAAAUACUGCAGAGUGAAGCCAUUUUCGAGGAACAGAAGACCAGGCAGACAGAAUUAUUGAAUGAUUCUCAGACUGAAAAAGAAUUUCAGAGCUUAAAAGCAGGUAGUCAGGAGUUUAAAGAUGAAAGGUGUUGCGUUAAAGAUGACAAUCUUGGGACCCCAUCUCCAAUUCAAGAAGUCACACCUGAAGAUACAAUGAAGCAGAAGACUGUUGCCGUAUCUGAAGAUAUCAAGUCCAUCCUUUAUGAGUUGAUAGAUACUGUGAGUGCCAUGAAUGUAGAGAGUGGAGAAGCGUGUCCUCAAGAGACCUCAGGCUCAAACUGGAUUAGUUCUGUAGCUCUGGAGUGCGUGACUCCUCCUGACAGUGACGAAGAAAGCACUAUAGCUGACCAGCUUGCCCACACUGACCAAAACGGGAAGGUUGCUGAAGAUUUAGAGCAACAGAAUAUCUUGGCUCCCCAGGAGAGAGCUAUUUCACAAGGGCAAGAACUAUAUCAUUCAGUAUUGCAUGAAAACAGGUGUGGCCAAAUGUUUGAAAGAGAGACUCUUCAAAAGAGUGAGCCUGCUUCCACUGCUCUUGGUGUCCUUCCAAGUUCUUCUGGCACAGAUUGGUCAGUAACAAGGACUACAAGGCCAUUGUGCAAAUCCCCAAUGGUUGAAACAUCAACACCGAAAGAGGAUGUUCCGUCUGCUUCCAUUUUGUGUGAAAAUGAAAUAAGUCAAGUCAGCCAUGAAGCAUCCAUGUCUGAAGGGGAAGACCAGUUCAGCAAGACACAUGUAGAAAUCCCGUCGUGUGUCCCAGCAGAACAUCAGACAGAGUAUUUAUUGAAAGAAUCUGAUCCACCUGUGGAUGGGGACACAAGAGGGGACCUAGCUGGCUCUGAAGAUGUACAGCCUGGAGGUGCAAGACAAAGUCUGGAGGAGUCUGAAAAUGCCCUCCAUGAAGUCCGAACAGAAUGUCUGGGAAGUCCAGAAAGUGUUCUGGAUGGUGAAAAGGUACAGUUGCCUUCCAGAGUUUCAAGUAUGAAUAAGAAUGUGGAAGAUGACUCUUUUGCAAUGGAUGAGGACCAAGAACACGUUGGUUCAUACCACAGUAAUAAGGCUGGUGGUUCUUGUUAUUCUAGAUUCACCAGUGGGCCAGAAAUGGCGGUAGCUAGUGAUGUUCUUGACUUGAGUCCCAUCAGGCCUCGUAGUGACUGGAUGUACCAGAAAAAUACAGAGAGGUCAUCAGCUCUUGAGCCUGAUACUAUGGAACAUGGUUGGCCUCAUGUGUCUAAAAAGGCUGAUAGGACUCUCAGUACCAACAGUGAGUCAGUUCCCCCAAAGAAAUUUGUGAACUUUUCAGUCACCAAAAAGCACAAAGAGAAAACAAGGGCUUUUCACUCUUCCAAGAGGCCCGAAAACUUCAUGGGAGAGUUGGGAUUAACAAACUCCUUGAGUAGAACAUGGAGAACAUGGCGUGAUCCCGUACAAAACACUCUAGACAUGGAAUGUUUGCGUUUCUAUGAUAAGGUAAAACAAGUUCUUAGGAAACCUCAACCGCCUACCUCCGCUGAUAGCUUGUCACCGCCAGUCGCAGCAGAAACGUUAUUAAGAAAGGUACCUGGAACCCCUCCUUUGAACCCACCUCCCAGGAGCAGAAGUCCUCUUCUGAUCACUAUAGUGAACCCAGGCGCAGGAUACGGCUCCCCACCCUGGUUCCCGAGAAGAAGCCAACACAGAGACACUUUUGAACCCCCUCCCCUCACUUCCUCACACGAUUUCCUUAGCAAAGCUGCUAGAUUCAAAGGUCAACGCCAAGGCUCAGUUGCUCCCUUUCACCUCAACAAACUAAACUACAGGAAUAAGCUAAAAGAUUCCCGAGGAGAUAUCUCUGUUAUUAUGGAUGAGUUUGCAGAGUUCAGCCGGGUGAUGACGCAGGACAGCAGGCCGACAAGUAGCGAAGGCCAAGAACCACGAUCUACCUCAGAAGAUGCUCCAGAGAAAAGAGGGACCCCUUUGCCCCCGCGGACAGUGUCCUACCAGCACCUCUUCGCCGAACUGUGUAACACAGUGCAUUUCAGACUCAAAAACGUUGCCCAAGAGGCGUGCAAAAAAACCUACGCAUUCUAUCUGAUGGAAACAGAGGAUGGGCCUUUCUUUGGGAGAGCAAAGAAUUUGCUAAAAAAAGGGGGCCAUAUAGAAAUGGAUCCUUUGCUUUUCUGUAAGGCGAACCACAUGGAAACAGAACGGCUGAUGGUCAUCAUUAGGAACGAGGACAUCUUUCAACACAUACAUAAGAUUCCUUGCUUGCUGCGGCUGAAGCGCUUUCCCAGCGUGACGUUUGUGGGCAUCGAUAGGCCGGAGGACCUCCUGGACCAGACCUACCAGGAGCUCUUCCACAGCGGGGGCUUCGUGGUGUCCGACGACAAAGUGCUGGAGACCAUGACCAUCGGAGACCUGAAAGAGAUGGUCAAAACCUUAGAGAAGCUCAAUGGAUACGGGAGGUGGAGGUGGCUUCUCCACUACAAAGAGAUCAAGAAGCUCAGAGAGGCUGCGAGGGAGGACCCUGCUGCCCUCGCCAAGGAGUCGCUCCUGAAAUCGUAUCAGGGAGCAAACAUCACCGAAGCGCUUCACUACCAUCAGUGCGACAAGGCGGGCCCGAGAGCUGAACAUUUGAGUUGCUUGUUGAACUUGCAGGUCCAGCACAACAACCAGAGGUUUGCUGUGUUCCUCACAGAAAAGUCUGGUGCCGGCCAAGAAGCCUUGGAAAACAAGGGGAUCUUGGUGCUGGAUGUAAAUACAUUCAUUGCAGUGGCAGAAGAAAUGGCGGCACCCUUUCGAAGCAGCAGCUAUUGACGAAUUGGAUGGAGGACGUUAUUCAACCCCUUUUUGGUUCUUUUGGCUUGAAAACCCUUGGACGUUCAUCACUUCCCAAACCUGUGCAAUAACUAAAGGCUACACACAGAAGCCACCAUAGGAUGUGUUGCUGUUUCGUUGAAGGGCAGCAGAGAAGCCUUCUCUCCAUUCAGCCACCAUGUGGAAUCUCAAUUUCUUUGAACUGCUACUAGUUGGUCUUUGACUAGAAGAACACAUUUACCUGGAUUGACUGCUACAUAGAACUUAAUCAUAGGAAAACAAAGCCUGUUUACUUGAAGGUUUAGCAAUCUGUCUGUUGAAGCUGGUCCCCCUCCCCCUUUCCAAGAGACUGGAAACUUCUGCUGAAGUUAUUGAACAGUUCCUCUGAGCAGACUUCGAUCAGGAUACCUCCACAGUGGACUCACCAGUGUACUUGAAUGACUUGCAUAUUAUUUCCUCCACUCUUUUUUGUUGCUGAAACAUAAAAUUAAUAACUAACGAAUCAGUAGCACUGUAUCUCCCCCACCCUUUUGUAGAUCGUGUGAUGGUGGCAGAACCGUGAUCGGAGUCAAAGGCACUCAAGGCUGACGCCUUCUGUAAAGCAUUUAAAUGAGACUAUUAAUAAACAUUUUAAGAUACUUAAAAGUAUCUUCUUUAGAGAAUUCCUUUUUGUAACUAAUCUUUAUAAAUAAACUGGCUAAAAAGUUA